CAGAACUUCGCGAUCGAGGAGAAUGGUAUAGUGACCGAGGAGAAUGGUGGAGUUCAUAGUCCGCAUAAGGGUAAGAAAUUCUGCGGUGAGGCAUUGAUCUUGCAGUGUGCUAUGUUACAAUCAUCGAAGCAGUGUGAUGUUGAUAUAUAUUCUUCCUCUUCAUGCGGUUUCACUAUGACAUGAGCAAGUUUCUAGUUAUCAGCCUCACUUGAGGCGAGUUGGAGUGGGUCAAAAGAGGUGACAUCUUUACCAUUAAAAACCUUUUUAUUACGUGUUUUCCAUAGAUACCAAAGAAUACAACGUACUUUGGAGGUUAUAAGGUCAGAGACGCCUUGCUCUCUGAUUCACCAUAAGAGGUGAUCUAGGUUACUGUAGACCGAGGUGCACAUGAAUAUUCCUGAAAUAAAAGGGACGUCUGCUAGGGCCCAUGUUUGGAGUGUCUGGGGACACUCAAACAACAUGCGAUUGAUUGAUUCAUUAUAUGCUCUACACCUAGGAUAAGAGCGGUCUCGACUGCAAUACCGAUCAGCUAGGCGAUCGCAUACAUGAAUGCAGUUUGAUAAGGCCUACCACAUAAAAUGUUUUAUCUUGCUCGAAUUUUCAAUUUUUCAGACCUUUUCUUUGAGCAUCGUCGUGCUAGGUUAUGCCACCGCUGCCAUUUAUGUCCCUUGUUUAAGCUCCAUGGCUAGAUUAUAGUCUGUUUUUAAUGAGUAAAUACCCCAGUUGGUGUGACACCAGCAGCAGUCUUCUUUCACACGACAAAAUCUUGUUUUAAUGCUACAGUUGAGAGAGAUAUCCUCGGCCAUGAAAUAAUUGCGCAGAGUGAUCAUGUUCCAAGUCUUGGGUUGUGGCGAGAGGAGAUAUGCGACUCUCAAUUCUUGAUUGGCUGGUAAAGUUGGUAUCCAUGGGCCUGACCAGACCUUCGCAUCUUCACUUGAGCCAAUCACCUUUCUCAAACCAGCCUGUAGUAGUGGCUUGACUGCCAUGCGGCUUCUCCUAACAUAGGAUGGGGAGUUUGCUUUGCCAACCGCUAUAGGGUCAGAGGCGCGAAAGUAAAAGCUUUUCAACACUCGAGCUAGGAGUGAAGAUGGAUGGUAGAGAAUACUCCACUACUGCUUCGCAAGUAGUGCGAUAUUAAAACUUUUAAGAUCUCGGAAAUCAAAUCCGCCUUUAUCUCGUAGGACACAGAUUUUGCUCUUAGUAAUCCAAUGUAGUCCACGGCUAUUUGCUUUAAGCUCCACCAGAACUUCGCGAUUGAGAUUAGGAAUUUUUUUAUAACGUCUUGAGGCAGUAUGAAACUAGAUAUGAGGAGGUCGGUAAGGCCUGAACAACUGAUCUUAGUAACACCUCUUUCCACCUUUCAACAAAAGUUUCGCAGACCAAGAGUUUAUUCUAGAGUUGAGUCGAUCUUGUUUGUAGGCGAAGGUCUGUUUUGUUGACCCACAUUUUUUCCGGUAAGUCUGAAUAUAUUCUCGUGCUGCUUUCUUUUGUAAUUUCUAGAGCUUGUUUGAUGUCUAUCUUUAUGUCUUGAGGCUUUGUUGCCGAAGAGUUGUUGCCGAAGAGGAUGGAUGAUUUUGAGAUAUUAAGUUGUUGUCCAAGAGGUUUUACCAUAGUUAUUUAUGAUUUUCAUCAGUUAUGUACAUUGCAUGAUAUAUCAGCUCUAAAGAAAAAUAGAUUAUCAUCUGCGAAUAAGAAAUGAGAUAUCGUAAGGAUUGCUCAUGCAAUUUUUAGACCAAUUAUCCUUCCUUUGCAUUUAGCUCUCUCGAUUUGACUGAUAAGACCUUAUGUUAAGAUUGUUUCUUUAUAGUUGUAUAUUUUCUACUAUUUGUUUAUCCUUUUUUUUUUCUUAAAGACUUUGUACCUUUUAACGACAUUAAUCGGAUUCAAAGAUUACUAAAAGUGUGAGAAAAUGUGGUUUUAAUCUAGAAGACGGCCACCCAUGACACUGAAAACAUAAGUUAGUUGUGGAGCUCCAUGGACCUGCAAAGACAUGUGAUUACUAAAUAGAGUUAUUGCUAUUAGCAUAAAUAGUUAUAGACAAUCAUCUGAAAUUGAUAAUAUAUUUUACAUUUCUUGUUUUUUAUAUUUUUUCAGACAUACCCAUGUGGUCAAUUGACACCUCGACCAGAGAAAUCCUGUUUGUUAAGAAAUAUUUAACUACAAUUUAAUGUUACAACCAUAUAACUAGUUUUAUAUUUCAACCUUUUCUACAACUACAAUACUGUCAUAGAGAAUAUAGAUAAGGCAACCUUUAUGCUGUAGAUAAGUAAUUUACAUUCUAGAAUACGUUUUGCGUGAUUAUAAUCAACAUUUCUCCUUCUUCUCCAGCAAUAUCUCGUCGUCAGUUUUGACCACACCGACACACUGAAACUUAGGUUUUAGCUUCUUGUUUUCGUUGUUUAUGUUCCUCUUUUAUUGUACACGUUCUUCUUUACAUCUCCCUCGAGUAGCUAGAAAUAUCAAUUUUUGUGCCUAAUUAAUUGCAUCAAUUUAAUUCUCAACGCUACAGAUACUGCACCUAUCUUGGGAAUGCAACUCAUGAUUAUGAUAUUUUUUUUUUUGAACAUCUAUUAUGAUAUUUUCUUUGCAUACAUUUGUCGUUGGACCACUCCAUUAUUUUAUCAACGACUCAUACCAUUAUAAUUUGGACCAUAUUCUUAACUAACGAGGAAUAAACAGAAUAUAUAUCAAAGUAACAUGCAUGCGACAAGAAACCCAAAUCAGUAAAUCUAAACCAUAGUAUAACUGAGAAAAGUUAAAACAUACGUACUGCCUGCCUAUUAAAAAGGUUCUUAUUUAUAAUUUCCCGUAUAAACUUUUAAUAAAAACACCGUAUAUAAGUAUUUCGUUGAAUAUAUACAAAUACAUAUAACAGCUAUUUCAUUGUAGUAAUAUAUAUGAACAAAAAUGAAGAACAAAAUAGAGACAUGGAUAACGACAGAGACAGGGACUCACUCAAAAUGACAAAUGAGUCAAUGACAGAGCAUGCCCGUCACUUUCCCUCCGGCUGCUCCAGCUCCACCACAUUAAAACUCACACGGAAAGAGAGAGAAAGAUGAAGUUUUAUGAAUAUAACACUCUCUGACCUUCUUGUCUUAUCACAAACAAAUCUCUCACGUUCCUUUUUACUCAUCCAAACCUAUUUCUCUAUCUCUUCUCCAUCACCAUCUCUUUACUGUAUGGGUUGUCGAGAUAUUCUGCUGACUUUCUCCGUCGCGCUCUUACUUAUCUCUCUGUUCCAGAUCUGGCUUUUCCGGGAAGGACAAGUCCGGGAACUGGCAGAAGACAAUCAGGUUGGAAAAGACGUAAACACCCUCGCCUCCAAGAACAAGAAGGAUAAUGUUCAACGUCUCUUCCAAAGGUACUUCAAGGGUCUAAACAAUAGCAACAGUCGCUUUGAAGAUUCAUACAGACAGAUCCCUAGCUCCCCAGAUCGCCUCCACAACUAGUUAGUUGCUUCUGUUUUUAUAUUCUUUUAUUUUCUUCCAUCCUUUUUAAAAAUUUUAUUGUCAAACUAUAUUUAUUUUCUUACCUCAAUUUGUAUCUUAUGUAUUUCGUAAAUGAGGGCAUUUUGGUUAUUCACAUUUGAAUGACAAUUGUUAGCCGUUGUAUAUAUCAAAAUCGUUUUUUUUUUCAUUUCAGAAUUUUGAAGAGAUUUACUAGAAUUAUAAAAAUAUCUCUUCAUGAUUGAUCAACAUUAAAAAUGAUAUAAAAAACUGUUUUACAAAUA